CAGUGUGUGCGUAACAGCGGCAACCUCGUUCGGCGUCGGUAGGCGUCGCGACGCGAGAUCUCGUACGUCGUGCAGCAUGGGCCGCGUUCGUAAGUGGAACAUCGCGAUCGUAGCUGCCGUCGUCUUGUUGGAAUGUGGCGGUUUUUCACAGGGUCACCAGUGCUGGAGCGAAGUACCAGCUGAUGAUACAGACUGCACAGCUUUGAGAGAUUUCUGCUACGUCUUCCAGCCGUACCACCACAACCACACGGCGGUGCUGGUGAUGGACCUGAGGCGGCCCAUCGCAGACCUGCUGGUGCGCCUGCGCAGUGCGGACUGCGAGUUCCACUGCGACAGGGCCGACUCCGCGCCUUGCAACGUCACCAUCCAGACCGCCACACAGCCCAGCCGGGUGGUGCGCCUCGGAAAGCAUUUCGUGAAGCAGCGUUACGCAUUCCACAACAUCGUCGGAAGAUACUAUUGCGCAACGGUGUCACUAGACAGUUGCGGAAAACUUUCCGAUGUGUACGACACGUCCACUGACAGCUUUGAAGCGGUCGCGAACGCCUCGCUCAAGAGACCUGUGCGCCUGGUGCAGACUACGCAGCCUCUGGUGGCCAUCGCGAUCUCCGUGUCGCUGGCGGUCGGUGUGCUGUUCUUAGUGGCUGCCUACUGCAUCAAAACGCGGCUGUGCGGCUCGCCACUGGCGGCGCUCCUGGUGAAGCAACCCGGCGCGACCGAGUCGACGGCGUCGCCGCUGCUGCCGUCUCCGCCGUCGGCCAUCCUCCUGCUCUACUCGCGGGACAGCGACGGCUUCGCGCGGCUCAUGGAGGCCUUCCGGGAUCUGCUGGCUGCCCUCACCGGCGUCGAGGUGGUGGACCCGCUGGACUUGCGCCAGUGCAUGGCGGAGGUGUUCCCCGCCGAGGUGAGCUGGCUGACGCGGUACCUGCGCCGGCAGGACGUCAAGGUGGUGGUGGUGGUGUCGGCGGGCGCGCUGUCCCGUCAGAGGGCGCUCCUCCACGGCCAGCCCCCGGGCCGCGCCCCCGGUACCAGGCCGCACCCUCUCGACCACCUCUACUCGCACGCGCUGCGGGUCAUGCAGGACGACUACAAGAUCGGGGGAGACUACAACCGGGUGUACAAAGUCAGGUUUGAGGACAUCACACCAACAACAGAAACACUGUCUCACAUUGUCCCUUUGAAGGACUACCGUCUGGUGAGGCACAUGGGUCGUCUGGUUCGUGAAUUAAGAGGGGAGACACAUCCACCAGAUGCCGAUGACAUCACCUAUAGUCAGGAGCUACUGAACGACCGCCCUGAAGCAGACAACCUGUUCACGAUACUGCGGGAGCUGACAGUGUGACAGGAGGUCGACAGGACAGCCUCAGCCAAAGUGCAUCCCGUUUCUGGUGUUCGGCGACCUCCCUGUACUGCGACACAGCUGGUGGUGGUGCAUCAGUCCUUUGUAGGAUCUCACAUCGAGUCCCACUGUUGGACUUCAGACAUCGAGCAUGACACGCACAAUGCUCUGGCUCAACAUUCGUAAACCACUGCUUCCUGAACCCCGUAUCUGUGUCAGCUCGAGGUGUGAAGGAGAGUGAGUCCCUUCACUUACCUUGAUAUUUUGCAUGUCAAGUACUAUGAAAAAGUUAAUCGUACAUACAGAUAUGUUCUGAGCAACUACUAUCAACGUAUUUCUGAUUGAACUCUCAGACACUUAUCUAAGUUACUGAGUUUAAUUUGCGUUCAAUCAAUUUCGUACCUGAUAUAAUAUGUAACUGCUUCUCCCUCUGAUGUUCAUAAGUGUUUUUUUUUCUAUCAUGAUGCUGUAAAUGAUUAAUUCAUGACACAUGCAUUUGUUUAUCAUGCAACACUGUUUUAUAAAUUUUAUAUAGUUGACAUCUUAUUUACGAAGCCUCAGUCACUCGUUUUGUAUACAGGGUGAGUCACCUAACAUUACCGCUGGAUAUAUUUCGUAAACCACAUAAAAAACUGACGAAUCGAUUCCGCAGACCGAUAGUGAGGAGAGGGGCUAGUGUAAUUGGUUAAUACAAACCAUAAAAAAAUGCAUGGAAGUAUGUUUUUUAACACAAACCUACGUUUUUUUAAAUGGAACCGCAUUAGUUUUGUUAGCACAUCUGAACAUAAAAACAAAUACGCAAUCAGUGUCGUUUGUUCCAUUGUAAAAUGUUAAUUACAUCCGGAGGUAACCUAAACUUGACGCUUGAGUACCACUCCUCCGCUGUUUAAUCGUGUGUAUCGGAGAGCACCGAAUUACGUAGGGAUCCAAAGGGAACGGUGAUGGACCUUAGGUACAGAAGAGACUGGAACAGUACAUUACGUCCACAUGCCCACAUGCUAACACCUUUUUAUUGGUCUUUUUCACUGACUCACAUGUACAGUACCAUGAGGGGUGAGGUACACGUACACACGUGGUUUCCGUUUUCAAUUACACCACAGCAGUUGAGUCCCAAAGUGCUCCGAGCCAUUUUUUUUGCUGGCCAAUUUAUGCGUCCUCCACCUCCUAUGAAACGCCCGUCGAACAUCCUGUCAAGGGUCAGCCUAGUGUUAAUUGCGGAAUGUGCAGGUGCACCAUCAUGCUGAUACCACAUACGUCGACGCGUUUCCAGUGGGACAUUUUCGAUCAACGUUGGCAGAUCAUUCUGUAGAAACGCGAUGUAUGUUGCAGCUGUUUGUUACAACACGCAACUGAACGUUGAAGGUUUCAAGCGUCAACUUUAGGUUACAAUAUCUCCGGCUGUAAUUAACAUUUUACAAUGCAACAAACGGCACUGAUUACGUAUUUGUUUAUAUGUUCAGAUGUGCUAACAAAACGAACGUGGUUCCAUUUAAAAAAACGUAGGUUUGGGUUAAAAACAUACUUCCGUGCAUUUUUGUAUGGUUUGUAUUAAACAAUUACACUAGCCCCUCUCCUCACGUUCGGUCUGUGGAAUCGGUUCGUCAGUAUUUGAUGUGGUUUACGAAAUAUAUCUAGCGGUAACGUUAGGUGACUCACCCUGUAUAGUGCAAAUAUUUAUGUUUGUUAGCCAUUUAAUUUAAUUUAUUGUAGCCACUAAAAUAAUUACAUUGCAGACUUUUCAUGUAGAAUGAUCUCAUCCACAUUACCUACAUUUUAAUACUUUUUAAAUAUA